AUGCUGAUUCGUUCUCGUCUCAAUGACCAGCCCCCCAAAGUCAAGGCCGGUUCCCGCAAGAAGCCCGCACCCGCACCAGGUGCUGCUGGCAAAGCUGCAAAAAUCACAAAAAAUCCUCUCUUCGAGGCAAAGCCGAAGAACUUUGGCAUUGGCCAACAUAUUCGUCCUAAGACCGAUCUCACUCGCUUUGUCAAAUGGCCCGAGUACAUCCGCCUUCAACGCCAGAAGGUCAUUCUUUCUCAACGCUUGAAAGUUCCUCCUGCUAUUGCCCAGUUCUCCCACACUCUGGACAAGAACACUGCUACACAGCUUUUCAAGCUCCUCAACAAGUACCGCCCGGAGAGCAAGGUCGAGAAGAAGGAACGUCUCGAGGCUCUAGCCAAAGCUGCCGCUGAGGAAAAGGAGCCUGCCAAGGAUAAGAAACCUCUUUUCGUCAAAUACGGUUUGAACCACUGCGUCGCCCUCAUCGAGGCGAAGAAGGCGUCCCUUGUAAUCAUUGCUCACGACGUCGACCCCAUUGAGUUGGUUGUCUUCCUUCCCGCUCUUUGUCGCAAAAUGGGUGUCCCCUACGUCAUCGUCAAGGGCAAAGCCCGUCUGGGCACCGUGGUUCACAAGAAGACCGCCGCCAUUCUUACUCUCCAAGAUGUCAAGAGCGAAGACCAGCGCGAGCUUGCAACCCUCGUCAGCGCCGCCAAAGCCAAUUUCACUGACAAGUACGAAGAUCAGCGCCGCCACUGGGGUGGUGGUCUCCGUGGAUACAAGUCUACUCAAAUGAUGCGCAAGCGCGCAAAAGCUGCUGGUCUGGACUCCAAAUCGGCUGCUCUUGGCAAGCUGUAAGCUUUGUGCUAGUCCUUGUCGUUUAUCGUCAUCACUUUAUAUGUCAUGCCUGUUAUGAAUAUGGUAUGCAUCGUACGCUCGGUUAUCCCAAGUUACUACUGUGUGGAGGGCAUAUCGUGCCAGGCCGUGUACUAUGAUGCAUGUUGCGCCAUCAGCUAUAACACGAUUGCAGUUGUUUGAAAGUCUACUUUGAAAUUCCGCAAAACCAAUCUGAAACCGAGAUAGCAUAUGGGGCUAGCUAGUGAGUGACAGUGCCUGAGCGUGAAUGGAUCGAACCGGGACCAGGGAAUGAGUGUGAGAAAUGCGUAGUC